AUGUCAUGGAUUUACCGAGGUGCCCAUUUACGUCCAGCAUUGUACGUAGAGGUUGCAGAUGAACCUGUUCAAGAUGUUGGGGAAGGAACUAGUGGUGGUCAGUAUGAUGGUGCAGGGAGUAGAGGUUUAGGUGGUACCAAUGAAGAUGACGAUGACACAGAAGAUGACGUACAUGAGAACAGUGACGAGGAGUAUGUGCCGUCCGAUGAGUCUGAUGAUGAUUACAGUGACCAUGACGCAUCUUCAGUAGUAAUUUCUAUUUUUGACGACAUAAGUGACAUGGACAAGUCUGAACUGGAUGAGGAUUCUGAUGGGAUCACAAUGUGGGACGGUAAUUGGCAGACGGCUAGACAUGGUGUACAUUUUGCUAACAAGAAAGAGGUACAAACAGCUGUGGGGGAAUGGACAUUGCGACAGGGUCGGGCAUGUCGGGUAAAAUAUAGCCGUCCCUAUACGUGGGCCGCUGAAUGCGAGACUAAAGGGCCGAAGUACCCAGAAGAACUUCUCCACGGCACUACUUGCUUGUGGAAAUGUCGAGCUACCCUGCAAAAAGACACAAAUACUUGGAGAAUGGUGGUAUGGAUCGAGAGCCACAACUGUCUUGGUGCAACCACAAGAAACGAAGGUCGUAACUUGACGUCCACAAUGAUUGCUCGAUUGAUCACAGCCAAUGUCCGAAAAGAUCCAGGUUAUUCAGUCGCGCAGAUCCAAGUCGAAAGGUGGGAGAAUCGACACAACACCCUUGCAGGUCUUCAGACGGAUAUGACUCUUGAACCCCAGGCAGCACCGGAAUAUCUAGUGUGGUAUCAAAAUCACACUGUCACUUUGGUCACCAACCCAUCAGACUAUCGUCAGCCCCAGGGUUUUCAGGGAUCUGCUGAGUCACUACAUAUAAUGGCCAAUUUAGUGCAAAACAUGCGGCAUAUUACUCUAGAUGGGCUACAACGUAAUCCAGCUGAUUCUUGGAAUCACAAUGCCUUCCUACAGCUGCACGAUUUGACACAGCAGGCAAUCACUGUCAGCAAGACAUCUGUUUGGGCUGAUAGUGAGAACCCAAGCCAAGAUUUUGUUCCAGCUGACGCAACCCAGGAGUAUAUCCCACCUAGGCCUCCCAGGACUGACCGAGGCGGCUUCCAGUUAGGGAGUGGGAGAAUGAGAAAACCUGUGGCCACCCAGGAUACCGGCGGGCAAUCUUCUACCCCCAUGUGUCUCCUUACCGUCCAAAGAUCGCCACACCACCAUCCCUCUCCUCCUUUUGAGCAAAUGCAUUUUGAUUCAGAUUUUAUUAAUCUAGAUCCUAAUCUUUGGGGUUUCUUUGAGACUAGUUACGAGGGUGGUCAUCAUAGUCGACAUCUAGAUGGUGACGAUAUCCAUAAUGAUCGGGAAGAUGAUCAAGAUCAUGAGGAUAUUCGGGAUCGGGAGCAUGAUGAUGAUGCGAUGAUGCCGAGCAUUCCUCUCAUGAUCAUUAUGAGGCGCGAUCAGGGACAGGGCCCCAGUGAUGGUACCAUGCCUUUUACACCGAUUGCUUUGGGUAAGGGACAGCGGAACAUAAAAAAGAAGAAAAAGUGCUGCAUGACAGAUUCUCAGGAGAAAAAGCGCAAGAUGUAG